UGAGAGGGAGAAAUUGAAUGAGAGAGAGACAGAGUGAAACUGAGAGGAGCCACCACAACAAAACUUCUCCAACAAUCAAGCAAGAGGAACUACAGACUCGCCGCUUCUCUUCUUCUUUUUUCUUCUCCCCGCAUGGCUGCUGAGUUCCUGCAAAAAACAGCUUCUGCACUAUAAAGUUCUGGUGGAGGAGGCAGAGGGGGGUCUCUGCUGGUAAAGAUGGACUCUUUAAUAAGGAUCCAGUCACGCAGGAGAACUCCGCUGUUGCUUUUUAUCCUACUUCAUGUGACGACAACACAAACUGCUGAUCCCAUCGAUGUUCUGCAAGUGCUGGAGCUGUCAGAGAACAUGGAGGGGGUGUCCUUGGAGGCUGGUCUGUGUACCAGCAGGAGGGGCAUGGAGGAGAUGGACCUGGCCUACAAGAUAGACAAAAAGAUCCAGCUCAGUGCUCCUACCAAACAGCUUUUCCCUGAUUCUAAAUUUCCUGAGAAUUUCUCCCUGAUGGCUACUGUGCGAGCUAAAAAGGGCUCCCAAUUCUUCCUGCUGUCAGUGUACGAUGACCAGGGGGUGCAGCAGCUGGGCCUGGAAGUGGGCCGUUCGCCUGUCUUCCUGUAUGAGGACCAGCAUGGGCAGCCCGCACCAGAAAUGUACCCCGUCUUCAAGAAGAUCAACCUGGCUGAUGGAAAAUGGCACAGGAUAGCCUACAGUGUGCAGGGCAAGUUUGUGACCCUCUACUUGGACUGUCAGAGGACAGAGACCCUGGAUUUGCUGCGAGGGGAUAACGCUGUAGUCAGCACAGACGGCGUCACUGUGUUUGGGACACGGUUAUUGGACGAACAUGCAUUUGAGGGAGAUAUUCAGCAACUACUAAUUGAGGAGGACCCCCAAGCUGCUGCCAGCUACUGUGUAAACUACAUACCAGACUGUGAUUUCACUUUGCCCUACAACAUCCAAGCCCGGGAGCUGCAAGAGAACUCCCAACUUGGGUUUAACCCCUUGAUGCAAAGUGACCAGCCUGAUGAGCCAAAGGAGCACUCCAAAAAGGACAGGAAAGGCAAAAAGAACAAAAAGAAGAGGGACAAGGGCUCUAAAGGCAAAGGCAAACGCAAAGGCAAGGGCAAGAAGGGAUCGAGAAGGAAAAAACAUGAAGAGGAGGAUAUUGAGGAUGGCUUCCUCAGAGUGUCCACAACACUGCCUGAGUAUCUAUCUCAAGAACCUUUUCAGCCUACAGAGCAACCAGAAAUUAAGAACACCCUUGAAACUGUCAUCCACACUGAAGUCCUUGAGAAGACCCUCAUGGAGAUGCCCACACAUGAACCUGACUCUACAACUGAAGCACCCACUGUGGUUCCCAGCACAUUGCCUGAAUCAGAGGUUCCUGAGGAGGAGGGCAAGCCGGUGACGAAGCCAGUGGUGGAAGGGUAUGGAGAUGACCUUUACAGAGACCUCUAUGAUGAUCUCUCAGUUUCCACGGUAACGGUGGGCCCCAAUGUUACUGAAUAUGAGAUUCUUGAAUAUGAAGAUUAUAAGAAUGACACAGAGUCAGCAUAUGAAGAGUAUGAAACAUAUGAGGAUGAAUUUGACUUUGCAAAGCGGGACGGAGCAGAGACGUGGAAUGGAGAGGCUAGCCUCAGAGCAGAGAAAGGCCAGAAAGGAGAGCCAGCUAUUACUGAACCGGGUACAUUAGUGGAAGGACCUCCAGGUCUACCAGGGCCAGAGGGGCUUCUGGGCCCAGCUGGACCAGCAGGUCCUCCAGGACCCAGAGGAGAUCCUGGUGAAAUGGGUCCCGCUGGCCGUCCCGGUAUUCCUGGAGUUGACGGGAUUCCAGGCCCUCCUGGAACACUGUUGAUGUUACCAUUUCAGUAUGGAGGUGAUUCCCAGAAAGGACCAGUGGUGUCUCCCCAGGAGGCACAGGCACAGGCUAUCCUGCAACAGGCCCAGCUGUCACUGAAGGGACCUCCAGGUCCACUGGGACUUACAGGGCGACCAGGUCCACAGGGUGUUCCAGGUCCCUCUGGGCUCAAAGGGGACAGAGGAGACAGUGGCCCUUCUGGACCACAUGGGUUACCAGGUCCUCCAGGAAUUAAUGGAAAGGCAGGAAAGAGGGGGCGUGCAGGAAUGGAUGGAGGUCGUGGAAUUCCAGGUGAUACAGGCCCUAAGGGUGACAGAGGUUUUGAUGGCUUGCCAGGUCUCCCAGGAAACAAGGGACACAGAGGGGACAGAGGAAAGCCUGGUCCUCAUGGGCCUGUUGGAGAGCUGGGAGAAAAGGGCUCUGAUGGACCUGUGGGGCCAAGAGGGCAACCAGGCGAACCUGGUCCUCGGGGUGUUGUUGGGCCAAGGGGGCCACCUGGCCCACCUGGCCAACCGGGUAUUUCUGGAACUGAUGGAGCACAAGGGUCAAAGGGCAACCAGGGUCCAGCUGGAGAGAUAGGACCCCCAGGUCAACAGGGAAAUCCAGGAGUACAGGGCUUGCCUGGUCCUCAGGGUCCCAUUGGAGUGCCAGGGGAGAAGGGACCGCAGGGGAAACAAGGCAUGACGGGACUGCCGGGCAUCGAUGGCCCUCCCGGUCACCCAGGAAGAGAAGGCCCCCCGGGUGAAAAAGGCAUGCAAGGUUUACCAGGUGUUCAGGGGCCUGUUGGGUACCCAGGGAUCCGUGGAGUCAAGGGAGCAGAUGGAGUUAGGGGUCUAAAGGGGGGCAAAGGAGAAAAGGGAGAAGAUGGUUUCCCCGGGUCCAAAGGUGACAUGGGAAUCAAAGGAGACAGGGGUGAUAAUGGAGCUUCUGGUUCACGUGGAGAAGAUGGACCAGAGGGGCUAAAGGGCCAAGCGGGACCCAUGGGAGAUCCAGGAGCUCCCGGGAUAGCAGGGGAGAAGGGUAAACUUGGGGUGCCUGGAUUGCCAGGAUAUCCAGGAAGACAAGGUCCUAAGGGAUCACUUGGUUUCCCUGGUGUGGCCGGGGUCCCAGGAGAGAAAGGACGAAGGGGUCCAGCGGGUCAGCCAGGGCCUGCAGGCCAGAGAGGUCCUAAUGGAGUCCGCGGGGGAAGAGGAGCAAAUGGGCCCACUGGAAAGCCUGGAGAAAAGGGUUCUGCUGGACAAGACGGUCCUCCGGGAUCCCCUGGAGAACAGGGUCCCCAAGGACCACAGGGAAGAAACGGUGAACCGGGACCCAGAGGGCCUAAUGGUCCACCUGGAAAAGAUGGUUUGCCGGGUCACCCAGGUCAGAGAGGGGAACCAGGCUUUCAAGGCAAGAACGGACCCCCAGGCCCCCCAGGUGUUGUUGGGCCACAGGGCAAAUCUGGUGAGACAGGGCCAACUGGAGAUAGAGGCCAUCCAGGUUCACCAGGACCACCGGGUGAGAAUGGUUUACCAGGAACUGCUGGGAAGGAGGGUGCCAAGGGAGAUCCAGGUCCACUUGGAGCCCCGGGGAAGAGUGGCCCUGCUGGGCUUCAAGGCUUCAGAGGGAGCAGAGGGACUCCUGGUGCAAUGGGUCUGGCUGGUCUGAAGGGAGGAGAGGGCCUACCUGGUAUUGCAGGACCUAUUGGAGCCACUGGAGAGAGGGGCCCUGCUGGGCCAGCUGGCGCUAUUGGACAGCCGGGACGGCCUGGCAGCGUGGGUCCUGCUGGGCCGAUGGGGGAGAAAGGCGAACCAGGAGAGAAGGGGCCUGUGGGGCCAGCUGGGCAUGAUGGGGAAGUUGGACCUUUGGGGCUGCCAGGCCCUGCUGGAGCUCCUGGGCCUCCAGGAGAGGAUGGAGACAAGGGAGAAACAGGAGGACCAGGACAGAAGGGCAGCAAAGGAGACAAAGGAGAAGCUGGACCUCCAGGACCUGUUGGAAGUCAAGGACCUGUGGGCCAGCCAGGACUCCCAGGUGCAGAUGGUGAGCCAGGUCCUCGUGGGCAGCAGGGCAUGAGUGGAGCAAAAGGAGAUGAAGGACCUAGAGGCUUUAAGGGGGCAUCUGGUCCUCCAGGACUACAGGGAAUGCCAGGACCAUCAGGGGAGAAAGGAGAGAGCGGACAUGUUGGCUCAAUGGGACCUCCAGGACAGCAUGGCCCACGUGGCCCUCAGGGGCCCAUUGGGGGAGAGGGUCCACCUGGAAUGCCUGGCGGAGUUGGUCAGCCUGGACUUGUUGGAGAAAAGGGUGAGGAUGGAGAAGCUGGGGACCCUGGGCAAGCUGGAGAGCUUGGCAUUGGCGGUGCUAAAGGUGAUGUUGGGGAGAAGGGUGACUCUGGACUUCCUGGUGCAGCUGGACCUCCUGGACCCAGAGGAACACCAGGGGAGGAUGGACCCAAAGGCAAUCUUGGCCCUAUUGGAUUCCCAGGAGAUCCAGGAUCCCCCGGAGAACCUGGCGUCAAUGGAGUAGAUGGUGGACCGGGGCCUAAAGGAGACAACGGAGAACCCGGAAAAGCAGGACCUCCCGGGGCUGCUGGAGAGCCAGGUCCAACAGGACCUCCUGGACGAAGGGGCCAUAUAGGUGCUGCAGGAAAAGAAGGGAAGCAAGGCAUGAAGGGAGCCAAGGGGACAACAGGAACCCCUGGUCCAGUGGGGAAAACAGGCCCAGUGGGACCCCAAGGGCAUCCAGGGAGAACUGGCCCUGAAGGUCUUCGAGGCAUCCCAGGUCCUGCGGGUGAGCAAGGGUUAAAUGGGCCGCCAGGACAAACUGGACCACCAGGACCAAUUGGGCCACCAGGACUUCCGGGAUUAAAAGGAGACCCUGGAAACAAGGGAGAUAAAGGUCAUGGUGGGUUGAUUGGUCUAAUUGGCCCCCCAGGAGAACCUGGAGAGAAGGGAGACAGAGGCCUGCCAGGGAACCAGGGUGCACAAGGGCCUAAAGGAGAUGAGGGUAUCGCUGGCCCACACGGUCCAACUGGCCCACCGGGACCACCUGGACUCUCAGGUGCAGCUGGUGAGAAAGGGUCGAAAGGAGAAAUGGGUGUCGUUGGUCCCAGAGGAGAUCCAGGCCCUGCUGGAUCCCCAGGACCCCCAGGACCUCCUGCAACAAUGGUUCAGCCCCUGCCUAUCAGGGAGGGUAGACGGAAGAGACGAAGGCACUCGGAUAGGGGAGGAGGAGCAGCCCCAUCCCAGGAGGAGGAUCUAGAUAUGGAGGAGGUCCUCCAGGGAGAUCAGCCUCUGGAGGACCCUGAGGGAAUGGAAGAAGUCUUUGCCACCCUAUCUUCUAUGAAAACAGAAGUAGAAAUUAUGAGGAGGCCCCUGGGAACCUUUGAGAGCCCCGCCCGGACCUGCAAAGAGCUCAUGAUGGUUCAACCUGACUACAAAGAUGGAGACUACUGGAUUGAUCCUAACCAGGGCUGUCACAGAGACUCCAUCAAGGUCUACUGUAACUUCACAGCUGACGGAGAGACAUGUCUCUACCCUGACAAGAGGAUUGAGAUGGUGAAAUUAGCGGCAUGGAACAAAGAGAAGCCAGGAAGCUGGUACAGCCAGUACAGGAAAGGCAAGCAGUUCUCCUACAGUGACAGGGACGGAAACCCUGUGCAUGUAGUUCAGCUGACCUUCCUGAAAUUACUGAGUGCCACAGCUAAGCAGGACUUCACCUACACCUGCCAGAACUCGGCGGGCUGGUUUGACAGCACCUCCCGCUCCUACCAGCACGCCCUCCGCUUUCGGGGCAGCAACGACGAGGAGCUGACACAAACCAAAAGCCCGUUCAUCAAAGCAGUGCAUGAUGGAUGCCAGUCCCGCAAAGGUCAGGAAAGGACUGUUCUAGAGAUUGACUCCCCGUCGGCAGAGCUGCUCCCUAUCUUAGAUGUGGCUCCAGUAGACUUUGGCAACAGCAACCAGAAGUUUGGAUUCCAAGUUGGACGAGUAUGCUUCAAUGGUUAACAUCUUGCCAACGAAGGCAAGCAAAAAAACUACACACAGCAAGUUUUCAGUAAAAGAAACUGGACUUUUACCACUACCCCCAAGCAAUAUUUAUUAUAUUAUGUCUCGUAUGGGGUGGUUUUGUGGUAUACUAUUUAAGACUUUUCAACAGCCAUGGUCUAUGGCUUUACAACAACGAGAAGAAUGGAGAGAAAAAGGAUAUGCAACAGUGGGAACAAAGCACAUUUACCAAAGGGAAACAUUCCAAUUAGUUAUAUUUAAUUUUAAGUGUUUUUGUGUUCUCUUUCUCUCACUGUUUGAGUGUGUUGCAUCCUGUAGAAUAAUGAGGACUGCGCCGCUUGACAAAGAGCCCUUAUGAACAAGACAGAUCUGUCCAGUCAUGGAAAGAAGACAGUCUGUCGUUCUGUGGUAUGGGUCAGUCAAGUGGGACUUUUCAGAUCCUUGAUAAACUAGUUCCUACCUACCUGCGACUGAAUAAAUCAGAAAUAAAUCAGUCAUGCUCAUUUGGAUGCCCAAAUUUCACUAUAAUGACAGUUGCAUAGCAGUUGUGAACUAUAGCCUGGCAUAUUAAUUCUGCACAAGCAGAGUAAUUAAUUUCCUGUGUGCAGGAAUGAUAAAUUGUCCUUUUUACCCUUCAUCUGCAGUUUGCUCAGUGAAUUACCUUGAUUAGUAUUCAACAGGCAUAGCUAGUUAUUGAACCCGACACUUACUUGAACGGAUAAGGUUGUUUCCUUUAUUGGACUGCUUCCCUCUGUGGGCUUGAUUAUAAGCAGUUUGAGCCCUCCAUGUUUCCAAGGAUUACAGUACUGUAUAUAUGUCAGACUAACAUCCUUUCUACUGUGGUAUAAACUUGCUAUGACAUAACUCAGCGACUCAGUUGGGGAUAUUUCAGGGCGAAAAUUAAGAGCAUGCUGAUUAAAAUGUUCUCUAGUUUUAACUGCAGUCCUUUAUACCAAGAGACAUUUCCUGAAUCUCUUCAAAGCAUUUUAGAUUUGCUGACAUAACCUGUUUUCACAUUUCUGCCCUACUCAGAGGUUUUUGUUUCUCUGUUUUGCUCACGUGUUGUAAUUUCAUUAGAAUACUUUGUUGUUCAUGUGACAUGAUUUGCUCUUCAGUGGUGCUAAAGAUGAUUCUGUUUUUUGUGUGUGUGUCACUGUGUUUGUGUGUCUCUGUGGGCAGGAUUAUAGGACCAGAGAGGGAGAGGGUUAUUGCUCUUUCACUGGCACGAAACAUCCUCAAAGGCUGGGUACUAGUCUACUGUUUUGGGGUUGUUUUUUUUGCACAUCUUCUGGCUGAUUGUGCCGAUUUCACAGGGCCAGUGAAUGGAGGUUAGGGACAGUUCAGAGCAGGGGGGUUGAACCGAAUUAACAUUGAGCAACAUUUUGGAUAAUAAAUCCAGAAAUUACAGCAUCAAGUUUGGAGAUAAUCAUAGCAUCAGGUAACACUCUGAGAACUUAAUGUUUUGUAGAUUUUUUUUUAAAUGUCAAAUUACUCUCAAACAGUAUACAGCUGUGAAUCAGAAAUCGUCCAAUGAAAUUGCCUUGCAUGCUUUUAUAGUGUCAUGUCAUUUCAUUAUUCACUGUCUGUGGAGCAGCUCCAGGGUUUGUUUUUAGAUGACAUUAUUACCACAGUCUCUCUCUCUGCUUGUCAGCUUAGACAGAGACAUCUUCAAAUGAACAAACAGAGCUGUAAAAUAUUACUGAAAUGACAUAUGUCUGUGAAUUCUAUUUUACUGUUGAUUUUCCCUUUAGAAAAUGACAUUUCCUUGGUGCUCCAUCUAUCUUCUCCAACUCAAACAGUAGUCGUAUUGUUACAUAGCAUUUAAACAUUCCAGUAAUUAACUCCUCUUCCCCGGUCCCAUCCUGCACUGCCUGUGUAUAGUGUUUGUUGUAUUAAUUUUAUAUACUGUACAGUUAUUCUGAGGACUUUGUGAGCAGUAACCUGUUGCCUGAAUGAAAAACAAAUGUAAUUUGUCAAAAAUUGAUGUGCGAAUAAAAACAAACAAGAAAUCA